AUGCCGGGCGGCAAUGAUGGAGCAUCGUGGCGGCCGUCCCGCAAGCCCAAUGCUCCCAACUUUGACGAGACACAGGAGGAUCAGUGGAGGUCGUUGAGGGAAGAGAUGUUUCAGUCGGAUGAGGACGAGAAUAUCCCAGAGUCCGGCGACCUUGCCAUUCCACAGUUCCCCUCAGCGAAGAAAGCAGCGAAAAAGCUGAGAAAGCCCUCAUCGGGUGCAAAACCGACCCCAAAGCCGAAGCAGCAGACUCUUGCCCAGUCGAUGACCGACAUGGACAUGGAGCGCUUGUUGAAGCGGUACCGCAUUGACGAGGAUGUCGAUGUCGCAGAGGAUAUCGGCGUGUCGCACCUGCUGCAGCUCCAGAGUGAUUCCGACGAUGGCGGCGAUGCGCAAGAGGCUACUCUGACCGCCGACGAGUUCCUAGCGAGGCUGACGAGGGCAGAGGCAGCGCCGGCAGCGAGCAUCGCCCAGGAAAAGCACGAGAGCGAAGAGAACACGACUGUGGUUGCACUGAAAGAGGAGUCGUUUAAUUUUGAACGAGACCGAAGUGCAAAGCCGCUUCGCCCAAGGCCAAACCCAAGAGCAGGCGAUGGCGCCGGCUACCAAAAUGAGGAAACGCCAAAGCAAGCCAUUGAGCUUGCCGCAACGUUGGCACCACAGACGGACGCUGCGCAGUUCGUGUCGCCAGCAGUGCCAUACAAGUCGGAGGAAAUGACUGAAGGCCUUUUUUACUGGUUCGACGCUCGUGAGCAACCGCACACGCUUUCUGUCGACCCUGGAUCACUGUUUCUCUUUGGAAAGGUGGCGGUGGAGAAGAACGGGCGCACCUCCUACCUAUCGUGCUGCGUGCGUGUGCGCAACAUGUACCGCAGCGUUUUUGUUCUACCGAAAGCGGGCUCCUCGCAGCAGGAUGUCGUGAAGGAAAUCAACGACAUCUGCCGCAACCAGGGAAUAGAGCAGCGGCGCAUAAAAUUUGUGGAGCGCUACUACGCUUUUGAGGUGCCAGGUGUACCCCACGAAAAGACGCAAUGGGCCAAACUGCGAUAUCCUGGCCGCUACCCACCACUGAAUGCGAAGGGACCGUUUCGCCAUAUUCUGAUCAUCAUGGGCGCUUCCUCGUCCCUACUGGAGCUAUUUUUGAUCAAGCGAAAGUUGAAAGGCCCCAGCUUUCUGCGCAUCAGCGGUCUUGUCGCGUCGCCGAAUCGCAUUUCGCACUGCGCUCUUGAGUUUAGUGUCGAGUCCCCCAAGAACCUUCGCGCAGAGGACACAAAGCUGCCGGUUCCACCGUUUACGCUUGCAAGCAUUCAGAUACAUACCCAGCUCGACAGCAAAGGCGCCUGCAACGAGAUUCUCAUCGCAUCAGUUGCCAUCUACAAAGACGUCAACAUCGAGAGCACGAUCCGCCACAUUCCUGACAGUAUUCUAACUGGCGUGCGCCCUGCCUCAAUGAACACCCCUCUGCCGAUCGACCUGGAAAGCUACUGCAGCGCCAAAGGUCUACCCGGCGUGCGCCGCUUUGCCAACGAGCGCGCACUGCUCGACUGGUUCGCACAACAACUCGGCAAGAUCGAUGCAGACAUGAUGAUUGGCCACAACUUUCUGGGUUUCACCCUGGAUAUACUUCUCCGCCGAUACCAGGAGCUGAACAUCUCGUCGUGGUCCACCAUUGGCCGCCUGGACCUGAAACGACUUCCGCGCUUCCAGGGAACCGCGACUAACGUGAAUCAGGAAAAAGAGACGUGCAUCGGGCGCCUUGUUGUGGACUCCUACUCACUCUCGCGCGAGCACUACAAGACAGUGAAUUACAGGCUGCUGUCGCUUGCAGACCAGAUGCAGCUGCAGGGGAUUACAAAGGGCAGCAACAACUUCGAGCCUGGCACCUCGGUGCUCACACCUGCGAUGCUGUCGGCAUCGCGCGACAUCUACGAUGUGCUGCUGCAGGUGUGCAACUGCGCUGUGCUGUCCACAGCGGUCGUCUCACAUCUCGAUGUGAUUCGACUGACCAAGCGCCUCACCACGAUUGCAGGAAACCUGUGGAGCCGUACCCUCUUCGGUGCUCGCUCCGAGCGCAUCGAGUAUCUCCUGCUGCACACGUUCCACGACCUCAAGUUCAUUACCCCUGAUCGCUAUGUGCAGGACUUCAAGCGGGGCCACGACGACGAGGAGGAGGAUGGCAAACGGAAGGCCAAGUACCAAGGCGGCAUGGUGCUCGACCCCAAGUGCGGCCUUUACUCGGAUUACAUUCUCCUCCUCGACUUCAACUCCCUGUACCCGUCGCUGAUUCAGGAGUUCAACAUUUGCUUCACCACCGUCGAUCGUGAAAAUCGGAGCGAGAUCGAUGUGCCACCACCGGAGAACCUCAUCUGUGCCUCGUGCGCCGCAGCAGGCCUCUCCGCUCCGUGCUUGCACAAGUGUGUGCUGCCGAAGGUGAUCAAGAGUCUCGUAGACAGCCGUCGCGAGGUGAAGCGGUUGAUGAAGACAGAGAAGGACGCUAACAACCUGGCGCUGCUGGAGAUUCGCCAGAAGGCGCUGAAGCUAACGGCAAACAGCAUGUACGGCUGCCUCGGCUUCGAGUACUCACGCUUUCACGCUCAGCCGCUCGCUGAGCUUGUCACGCGGCAAGGCCGUCUAGCUCUGCAGAGCACGGUAGACCUCAUCCCCCAGCUGAACCCUUCCCUGCGCGUGAUAUACGGCGAUACCGACUCCGUCAUGAUCCAGACAGGAAUCAAGAACGACAUCAAGGCUGUCAGGGACCUCGGACUGGAGCUGAAGGCAAAGAUCAACAAGCGCUACCAGAGCCUCGAGAUCGACAUUGACGGCGUCUUUCGCGCUAUUCUGCUGCUGAAGAAGAAAAAGUACGCCGCACUGACGGUGACGGACUGGCAGGGCGAGGGCAAGACAUACAAGAAGGAGGUGAAGGGGCUCGAUAUGGUGCGGCGUGAUUGGUGCCCGCUCUCAAAGAGUGUGUGUGACUCGGUGCUGAGUCGCGUGCUGAACGCGGAGGGCAGCGAGGACAUUCUGGACUACGUCAUGAACUACAUGCGGGAUGUGGCGGAGCAGGUGCGGGCCGGGCGCUACACGCUCGACAACUUUGUCAUCUCGAAGAGCUUGACAAAGGAGCCGGAGGCGUACCGUGGGAACAGCUUUCCUCACGCCACAGUUGCGCUGCGGAUGAAACAGCGUAAGGAGCUGGUGCGCGUCGGUGACCUGAUCCCGUACGUCAUCUGCACCGGCGACCGGCUGAGCGACAAGGCGUUUCAUGUGGAGGAAGUGCGGCAGAACAGCCAGUUGCGCAUUGACUCGGAGUGGUAUCUCUCCGUGCAGAUCUAUCCCCCCGUCAUGCGCCUGUGCGAGCACAUUCAGGGCUUCUCAAACGCGCAGCUAAGCGAGGCAAUGGGGAUCGCCUGCCACACCGGCGCCAAGCUGGAGGAAGAAGAGGCGGAAACGAUGAACGACUUCUCGCACAGCUCCCUCUUUCAGAGUCGAAACUUAGAGGAGUGCUUCCCAGCAGCCGUGCCCCUGCAGGUGGCAUGCACACAUUGCCGCCUCAUGACCCCAAUCAAUCCGCACACGCGCGUGAUGGAGGUGCUCGCUGACCAGAAAAGUCAACGAGACCGGUUCGACCUAUACGUGUGCGUCAGCUGCCGCAAGUCGCUGCCGGUAGACUACGUCGCCAACUGCUUCACGCAGACGUGCUACGGCAUUAUCCGGCAGUUUUACCAGUGCGGCGGCAGCGCGGCUGCCGUCAAGGCAGUUCGAACACAGUUCACGUACUACCGCGCACUGUUUGAUGUGCCGCACGCGCCAGGCUGCCCGGCUCGGGUGAAGGAUGCCCACUACUACCAAGCGCGCCGCUGCCUCGGCGUGGAUCGCCGGCUGUACACAUUAGCGGAGGCGGCAGAUCCGGCGGUACAGGAGGUGGCCGACCCAGUCGACCCCCUCAACGCUGCUGUGGAGACUAUCUACAAGCGCAUCGACCACCUGUUCAUCAACCUCGACUCCCUCUUCGCCGGCAUCUAA